CUUCUCAACACUCCAAAUCUUACUCUGAAACGCCCAUCACUGUUACUCCUCAAUACAGACAAAUCGCACAACAUAUUUCUUACUCUGUUUUAUACCAUCCCAACAUUUCUUAUUAAAAUAACUAUACAUAUUCGAGCUGUGUUCCAUCGUUUUCUAGAGAGCCCCUCGUGAAGUUCAUGUGCUGGGAUAUGGCGAAAGAGAUCUGAGAAACACUUAAUGAUGGUAACGGGUCGCUUGCUUAUUUCAAAAAGCGGUUGCCUCUAACUCCAAGAUUCAGGUGAAUGUAGUCUUCUCAACUCCCCCUUUUUCUCUCUCAUUAAACAUUUCCAUGCCGCCAACUCCAACAUUGUCAAACUCCUCUUUAAUUUCUUCCUCCAACAACACAGCUUUCCGGGUUUACACUUAGAAAAUAUUUUUUGAAAAUGGAGCUUUAUUGUUCUCAUUCCACACAGUGCAAUACCCCUUUAAGUAAUGCCGGAUUCUUGAUUUCUGAGUGGGAAAAGUUUGUUUCUUGAGGUGUAAUUGGCGUGGGUUUUUGGUGUUUUUAGCUCUGUAUUAUUAAAUUACAUGUAAUUGUGAAAAAAGAAAGUGUUUUUUAGAUGGUAGUGUUUGUAGAGUAGGCAAAUAGUAUCUUUGAUUGCUAGAAUUUGGGGGCCAAAGAAUUUCUGCCCAAAAAUAGAUUUUGGGAUGCGAUACAGUUUGAAGAUUUUGUGUUGUUAUAAAUCAAGAUUAGUGAGGGUGGAAUCAUGACCAGGGCAGUUCGAGAUCGGAUAUUAAAGGAUGUGAAUGGUAAUAUUAGUGAUCAUCUACGCAAUCACAUUCAUUUGACAAACUGCAUUCAUUUGAAGAACCACAUGCAUAAGAAUAGCCCCAUCUUGGCGGAUUGGGCGUUCAUGAGGGACCUCGUUGUUCUUCAGAGGUCGAGGUCGUUGAGGGACCCAUCUGCAAGCCCGCCCUCGUGGCAUUCCCCGUCUGCUAUUGAUGUGCUCCUCAAGAGGGGGGAAGGGGAGGAUGUGGUUGCUGGGAGGCCUAGUGUUGGGAUAGAGCGUGGGAGGGUGUCGGGGAGCUCACCUGCAACGGCUGCUGUCAGUAGCCGUGGUGGCAAGGAUGGGAUUCGCAGGGAGAGGAGGGCUAGGAAAGGAGAGGAGAGUGAGAGGAUUGUGGGGACUGACGAACAUGAAGAAGAGGGGGAGCAUUUGGUUGGUGAUCGUGUUUCGGGGAACUCUCAGUUGAAGGAGAAGAGCCUGGAGGCGAAAGGAGGGUAUAGACAAGAUAGGCAGCUUAGGACCCUCUCGGACCAGUUGAGAAAUGUCCCGGCUGGAAGCGAUGAUGCAGUCUCAUCUCGUAAUCGUGGAGAUGGGAGACGCGUUUUCCAUUCAGAGAAGUAUUCCGAGGAAGCAGGAGUUAGUAUUCGCCACAGGAGUAGUCUGAAUAGGGGGAAAAGGCGUAGGUUUCGUGGUGGGAGAAGAAGUCGGCCUUCUGUAGCAGCCAGAGAUGGUGCUGAGGCGCAGAAUGAGAUGUCGGUGGCGUCUAAUUCGUUUGGUGAGGGUCGAGCUUCCCACAAAUAUCACGGAGAGGAAGAAGUCCAGCAGCUCUACAGUCAGAAUGUCAACGGUGAUCCUAGAAACGGAUGUGGUAUUCCGUGGAACUGGUCGAGGAUUCAUCACCGAGGGAAGUCGUUUCUCGACAUGGCUGGCAGGAGCCUUUCUUGUGGUUUAUCUGAAUCAAGGUCGAAGAAAGGUGGCUCUAAUUCUCGAGGGAUGGAUAUCCCAAACAUGCCGGUCAUGUCAUCAAGUUCGUCUACUAGAUCUGAUGCAGAAGCGUUGCCUCUGUUGCUCGAUCCUUCUGGUUCUCAUGGAAGCAUGGAUCGGGCUGCUUGGUUUCAUGAUUACUCGGGUGAGUUAGGCAUUUAUGCCGGCAAUCUGCUGAAGCAAGAAACUGAUUCCGACCUUGCAUCAGAAGGUAGAUCACGCGAGCAGCAUAGAUCUCGGAAGCAUAACAACGAGAGGCAUCAAAAUCUCACGCAAAAGUACAUGCCAAGGACGUUCAGAGAUUUGGUGGGACAGAACUUGGUGGUGCAGGCUCUCUCCAAUGCUAUUUUGAAAAGGAAGGUCGGGUUGAUCUAUCUGUUUUACGGGCCUCACGGAACCGGUAAAACUUCGUGCGCACGUAUAUUCGCUCGAGCAUUGAACUGCCAGUCGAUGGAGCACCCGAAGCCUUGUGGAUUUUGCAACUCUUGCAUUGCACAAAGCACGGGGAAGAGCCGGAAUGUGAGGGAAAUAGGCCCUGUUAGUAACAUGGACCUCGAACGUAUUGUUGGCCUGCUUGGGAAUGUGACGUCUUCAUCUUCCCAGCUACAAUCUCAGUACAGAGUCUUCAUAUUCGAUGAGUGUGAUACCGUGUCUUCUGAAUGUUGGAGCACGAUAUUGAAGGUCAUUGAUCGAGCCCCUAGGCGUGUCGUUUUUGUCCUUGUUUGCUCAAGUCUUGAUGCCUUACCUCAUAUAAUCAUAUCCAGGUGCCAGAAGUUCUUUUUCCCGAAGUUAAAGGAUGCGGACAUUAUUUAUACGUUGCAGUGGAUAGCAACGAAAGAGGAUCUAGAUAUCGAUAAGGAUGCCUUGAAGCUUAUUGCAUCGAGGUCAGAUGGAUCUCUGAGAGAUGCUGAAAUGACUUUGGAGCAAUUGAGCUUAAUCGGGAAGAGAAUAUCCGUUGCCCUCGUUCAGGAACUGGUUGGGCUCGUUUCAGAUGAGAAAUUGGUAGAUCUUCUUGAUUUAGCAUUAUCUGCUGACACUGUUAACACAGUGAAGAAUCUGAGGGAUAUCAUGGAAUCGGGUGUCGAGCCAUUGGCAUUGAUGUCACAGCUUGCAACGGUCAUAACCGAUAUUCUUGCUGGAAGCUACGAUAUUACAAAAGAAAGGCCUCGAAGGAGGUUUUUCCGGAGGCGUGAAUUAUCCAAAGAAGAUAUGGAGAAAUUGCGUCAAGCACUGAAGAUAUUGUCCGAAGCAGAAAAGCAGCUGAGGGUGUCGAACGACAGGAUAACGUGGUUAACAGCUGCACUGCUGCAACUGGCUCCGGAUCAACAGUAUAUGCUACCUGUUUCUUCAGCCGACGCAAGCUUGAAUCACAGUCCCUUAGUCUUAAACGGUGCUUCUCUAGGACACGGGCCCAGAAAAAGCAAUGCAGAAAUGUCCGGUUUUCAAGCUGGAAGUUCUGCAAAUGUUCGUUACAAUGAUAAGCUGAAGGAACACGACAGAGGCGAGAUGAAUUCUCAACAGGUACACGCUGCCUCGAGUGAGAAAAGUCAAAUAAAUAAGGCACAGGCAGUUUAUAACGAGAAACUGGAAGCAAUUUGGUUGGACGUGCUGGAAAAGAUCCCGGUGAAUAGCAUACGAGAGUUCAUGUAUCAGGAAGGGAAGCUUGUCUCGGUCAGUUAUGGCGCAGCUCCGACAGUACAAUUACUGUUCAACUCGCAGCUGACAAAAUCCAAGGCGGAAAAAUUCAGAUUGCACGUCUUACAAGCAUUUGAGUCGGUUCUUAGGUGCCCGGUGACAAUUGAAAUCAGAUGUGAGUCGAGAAAAGGCACUGGACGGGGACCCAUUCUGUUACCCGCAGCUCAGAAUCCACCUUAUUUGGAUGUGAAUCCUACCAUAAACACCGGUAGUUGGAUGCCUACGGCAAGUCGCAGUGAUAUGGGAAGGCUCCAGAAUAGAGACAUGCCGUCUUCUGAAGCCAAUAGGAGAGAGAUUGUCGAAAUUGAAGCCCCUCCUGGAGAGUAUAAAGGUGUUAGCCGUAAAGAUGACAACCUAGAUUCUGACGGGCGAAAUUUAGAAAAUGCGGGGGUAACAUCUUCCCAAAAGAUAUCGACCGUGUUAGGUGAGAAAAAUCAGUGUCUUACCCUUGUUAAAAGCAAGGUAUCCCUUGCUCAUGUGAUUCAGCAUGCAGAGGGAUGUUCACAACAUAGUGGAUGGUCGAAGCGCAAAGCGGUUUCAAUUGCUGAAAAACUGGAACAAGAAAAUUUGAGACUAGAAGCAAGGUCGAGGAGAUUGCUUUGUUGGAACCCUCCAAAAAUGAAUCGCCAAAAGCUUUCGCGUUUGAGGAUUAGAUCAAGGAAGCCGCUGACUUUGCUGAAAUUCAUCUCCUGCGGAAGGUGUCUCUCUGGUAGGUCCCCGAGGCAAAGGUAAUGCUCGUAACCAUUUUCAUCGUCUUAGAGGGCUCGAUUUCGGCCAUGUGCAUCGGUUGUGUUAGGUUGACCUUGUACCUGUUGUUUAGGUCUUUCAUUAGACAAAUCCUAAUUCUUGAGAAUAAUUUAGAGUAGAGCAGAUGUAAGAUUAGAGCUUUUGUCAAUGAAUCUUAAUAUUGUUAGUUUUUUGUUUUUUCUUUUCAGUCUCAUCAUGUACUUUUCCCUAGAAAUAAUUGCUUUCCAUUUUAUUUUAGACGAUACAUAUUUCACUGUAAUAAAGCUUAAUCAUAAUUGUUUCA